AUGGCCAAAAUUAUAUCAACGAUUAAGGCAACGCUGACGCGUAUAAUUUUCAGUGCCCACAGUAUUAUUGCCAUUUGGCAGGUCGUGAAGAACAAAGAUGAUAUGAUGUACUGGAGUCUUAGUUGUCCACUGCUGCUGCUUCUCUUCGAAGGAAUCUUUACAAUAUUUAUAAAGAAAACACAAGAAUGGAGAUGGUUUUGCCCAUCCGUUUUCCUUUAUUUGGGAAGUAUUGUUCCAGCUAUUUGGCUGCUGGAGUUCCACAAAGUGGAACGACGUUUGUCGGGCAAAAGUAUUGAAGGCAACUCAACGACAAAUGUUAUUAUAACCGAAGCUCUGGGUGUGCCGAAAGUCAACGAAGACACAUGGAUAACAUUAAUCGAACAAUUUUUAAUGUUGAUUUUAAUUGUGGGUCGAUGGAUGUUGCCCAAGGGGGAUCUAACCAGAGAUCAAUUAAGUCAAUUGUUAUUGGUUUAUAUAGGUACUGCUGCCGAUAUUAUUGAAUUUUUUGAUUCCUACAAAGAUGAUUCCAUAGCGAAAAUACCGCUGUUGGUUUACUUGACUUUGGGUAUAUGGUCAUGGAGUCUAUUGCAAUUUACAAUAGUUUUAUCAGCCACCAGAGCUCGCAGGCCUCGUGGUGGAGGUUCUAAUAAAAAGGAUGAACCGCCAACAGAUUGUUGUAAUAAUUGCUGUUGUGGCAUCGAUGUCUGGGGCAUUGUAUUGAACGUUAUACUCCAGGAUGCCCCCUUUCUAACGUUUCGUUUGCUCAUUAUUUUCCAAUAUGACAUUAUUAGCUAUAUGAAUGUAUUCUUUACAUGCAAGAACUCGUUGGUCAUUGUCCUACAAUUAUAUCGUCUGUAUGUUGUUAAUGCGGAAUUUUGGAAGAAUCGCCGUGAAAUGAAAGCAGCUGCUAGACAGCGCCAAUACAAGUCGAAGAGACGCAAUGAUGACGAUCCCAACGGCAUUUAUAUGAUUUCUUCGGAACGUGGCAGUGAAAUGAAGCGGAAAAUCAAGAGGUCUGUAUCCAAAGAAUAUUCCGACGACGAGGUUGUCUAUAAGAAGAAAGCCAAAAAAGAAAACAAAAAACGUAAGCGUAAAGAUACCGGCUAUUCGACAGCCAGUUCACAAAAUCUUUAUUCCACCAAAGGUGAUCCUGAGAAGGGAACUCGACAUAAAGACAAAAAGGGUAAGAAGAGCAAACGGGAACGCAGUAAAUCUCCGUGCAGUAGUGAUGUUGUGGAGGCACGCAAGUCCAAGCAUAGUAAAAAAUCCGAAAAAGCAGAAAAGAAGAAAUCGAAACGAGUGGAUGCCGUUAUUGAGGAAUCGCACAGUUCCAGCAGCUCCAGUGAUUCCAGCAACUCCACAUUGCCUAGCUACGAAGUUAUCAAUGAAAAGAAGUCCAAAUCGAAAAGACGCAGACGUGACUCCACUUCCUCCUCCAGCAGUGAUUCUUCGGAUACGUCUUCGUCGGAAUCUUCGUAAAACUCUAAAUUGGCCUAA